AUGGAAAACGAUAUGGCGAGUCAUUAUCAGAUGAUGGAGGAGUUGGGAAGUGGAAGUUUCGGAAUCGUGUACAAAGCCAUUGAAAAGUUUACCGGGGAAAUCGUUGCGAUUAAACACAUUGAUCUCGAAUCGAGCGAAGACGAUAUCCAGGAAAUUCAGCAGGAGAUCUCCGUCCUGGCUACAUGUGAUAGCCCUUAUGUGACGCAAUACAAAGCGAGUUUUCUGCGGGGACACAAGUUAUGGAUUGUCAUGGAAUAUCUGGGAGGAGGGUCUUGCCUCGAUCUGCUCAAACCCGGUAUGUUCAACGAAGCGCAUGUGGCCAUCAUUUGCCAGCAGCUGCUGCAGGGUAUGGACUACUUGCACAGCGAAGGAAAAAUCCACCGCGACAUCAAAGCUGCCAACGUGCUCCUGUCACAUACGGGCAAGGUGAAGCUUGCGGAUUUUGGAGUUGCUGCGCAGCUCAUCAAUAUCAAAUCCCAGCGCAACACUUUCGUCGGAACACCCUUCUGGAUGGCGCCCGAGGUGAUUCAGCAGGCUGGAUACGAUUACAAGGCGGAUAUUUGGUCGCUGGGAAUUACCGCCAUCGAGAUGAUCAACGGAGAACCGCCUCACGCGAGCACGCAUCCGAUGAAGGUCCUCUUUUUGAUUCCAAAGGAGCCUGCCCCGAUCCUCCAAGGAGACCAGUACAGCAACACAUUUAAGGACUUCAUCGCACAAUGUUUGAUCAAAGACCCGGAUAGGAGACCUAGCGCCAAGGAACUGUUGAGACACAAGUUCAUCCGUAAUGCCGGAAAGACCGAGGCUUUGCAGGAACUCAUUCACCGGAAGCAAGACUGGGAUGCUGGCAGAGGUGUCAAGCAAAACGUCAAGUACUAUGCGGAAUCUCUCAACACAAUCACAAAGCCUGAAGAUGAUGAUGAUGGAUGGGUAUUCGAUACAGUCAAAGCACCUACCAUGAAGGUCUCGAAAGAAGAGGAUGAUAUCCUUAUCGACGAAGAUGCGCAGGAAUACUGGGAUGAAAACUCGGAAAUGAUGGAAAACCUACACAUCUCCAACCCUCCAAUGCCAAAGCACGCCCCGAACUCGACCGUCCGACGAACACCAAUGGCCGACCGAAGUCCUUCUAUCCGGCGACCCAAUGCGAAGAGAAGAUCGAGUGGCAUGAAACAGCCACUGGGCGUAGACCUGAGUUUUGGCAAUAGCCCGUCAACAGUUCGCCAAUUCCGCCGUGUGUCAGACAAGAUCCCCUCUGAUGCUUCUUACACCACGCCGCAAUACCCGCCCGGCCUCGAUGAGAAUUCCAGUCCCAAGACGCUCUUCUCGGAACCAAACAGUAAGGAAGCACAAUUGGGUCGUCGAGCAUACAGCAAAGCUGUAGGAAUGUCCUGCCAGGAAGUUCUUGGCACAACAGGAGACCAAGAAAAAAGAGAAGUCAUCUCACGAUUGGCUGAGGCCUGGAGCGAUCUGGAAAUGGUCGACCCGGAAGGUCUAUACCAUAUCAUCCGGACCAUGAACGAAAAAAUUAUGGGCGAUCCAAAAUUAUCAGGCCUCGUCCCGCAAGCUCCACCACCCGAAUCCCCACAAAGGCCGCGGCUUGUCCUGGCACAGAACAACCCACACCUCAAAAGCCACCGGCGGCGCCAGUCCACCGCAGCACCAGAGCCUAGCUUGCCCCCGGCCCAGCUGUCUAACCUCCCGGGGCAAGAAGUGCCGGGGAUGGAGCACACCAAACAACUGUCGGAUGUGCUGUACGGGCGCUGGUCUGAAGGCCUUCGUAAUCGUUGGCCCGGACUCUAG